AAGCGGCAGAUCUUGGUGACAGUCAUCGAAAUCUGCCUGCCGCUGCUCUUCGCCGCCAUCCUGAUAGCGCUGCGGCACCGGGUGCACUCCAUCAGCCACCCCAACGCCACCGUCUACCCCCCCCAGUCCGUGGAUGACCUGCCGGGCUUCUUCUACCGCCGGCACCCCAGUAACCCCUGGGAGCUGGCGUACGUCCCCUCCAACAGCAGCGCCGUCAGGGGCAUUGCCGAGGCGGUGGAAAGAGCUUUGCCCGUCAGCAUCAGAGCUCAGGGCUUUGCCUCGGAGAGGGACUUCGAGGA